ACUGAGGAAAUCUGCACUGGGAGGCCCCGAGGUGGGGCCGUGACUUCUGAGGGCGCUCACCACCGAGGCCGAGCGCUGAGCCCAAGAUGAGGGCGUCGGUGCUGCUGACCUGCUUCUGCUGGCUGCUGGUGCCGGUGAGCAGCAUCCAUCCAGAAUGUCGCUUUCAUCUGGAAAUACAGGAAGAAGAAACAAAAUGUGUAGAGCUCCUGAACAGCCAGACAGAAAAGCAAAGAGGCUGCAGUGGUGUCUGGGACAAUAUCACAUGCUGGCGCCCUGCAGACAUUGGAGAAACUGUCACAGUGCCCUGCCCCAAAGUGUUCAGCAACAUCUACAGCAGACCAGGAAACAUAAGCAAAAACUGCACUAGUGAUGGGUGGUCGGAGACAUUUCCAGAUUUCAUGGACGCCUGUGGCUACAGCGCCCCCGAGGAUGAGAGUGAGAUCACGUUUUAUAUUCUGGUGAAGGCCAUUUAUACCUUGGGCUACAGUGUUUCUCUGAUGUCUCUUACAACAGGAAGCAUAAUUAUCUGCCUCUUCAGGAAGCUGCACUGCACCAGGAACUACAUCCACCUGAAUCUGUUCCUCUCCUUCAUGCUGAGAGCCAUCUCAGUGCUGGUCAAGGACAGUGUGCUCUAUUCCAGCUCAGGUACACUGCGCUGCCACGACCAGGCAGCCUCCUGGGUCGGCUGCAAACUCAGCCUGGUGUUCUUCCAGUACUGUAUCAUGGCUAACUUCUACUGGCUUCUGGUGGAGGGGCUCUACCUGCACACCCUCCUGGUGGCCAUCCUUCCUCCCAGCAGGUGCUUCCUGGCCUACCUUCUGAUUGGAUGGGGCAUCCCCAGUGUGUGUAUAGGCGCAUGGACAGCAACCCGCCUCUCGUUAGAAGACACAGGCUGUUGGGACACAAACGACCAGAGCAUCCCCUGGUGGGUCAUUCGGAUGCCCAUCCUAAUUUCUAUUGUAGUCAAUUUUGCCCUCUUCAUCAGUAUUAUAAGGAUCUUACUUCAGAAGCUAACCUCCCCAGAUGUCGGUGGCAAUGAUCAAUCACAGUACAAGAGGCUUGCCAAGUCCACCCUGCUGCUAAUCCCACUCUUCGGUGUCCACUACAUGGUGUUUGCUGCCUUCCCCAUUGGCAUCUCUUCCACGUACCAGAUCCUGUUUGAGCUCUGUGUUGGUUCCUUUCAGGGCCUGGUGGUAGCAGUGCUAUACUGCUUCCUGAACAGUGAGGUCCAGUGUGAAUUGAAAAGAAGGUGGCGAAGCCUGUGCCUGACCCAACCUGGAAGCAGGGACUACCGGCUGCAUAGUUGGUCCAUGUCCCGGAACGGCUCAGAAAGUGCCCUACAGAUACACCGUGGCUCCCGCACCCAGUCCUUCCUGCAGACAGAGACCUCGGUCAUUUAGCUGCGUCCCUCCGAUGGAACUGACGAUGCUGCUGGGUUUGACACAUGUGUCUGAUGACUUCCUCUGCUGCCCAGUGUCUGAUGCCUUACUGGGUCAGCCCCAGUCCUUACUCUGACCCUCGUGUGUAACUCGACUGAAACACUAAUUAUUAUCGUCAAACUCCAGCCUUUAAGCCAUCCUCUUCAUAAUAUGGCUUGGCCACAUAGGCAGAUCUACUUUCAAAGAAAGCCAAGUGGCCCUGAACAUCAAAACUGGAGCCUGGUACCUCUGAAAAAGACAAGGAAGAAGUUUCUGGUUCCCUACUUGUCAGGGGAACCGGGUCCAGAACCAGCUGAGCAUCACCAUCCAGUGGCACCCAGUGCAUGCCUGUGGAUGUCUGUGAAAUUUCUCCUCAAUCCAUGACAGACUGCAGAAAUCAGUUGAGAGCAGCCUUCUCAUCCUAGAAGUCCUAGAAGCUUCCUGGUCCCCAUGGCCUUGAGUCCUGUCCUGUGGGAUGGGCCUCUGCAUCUGGACAGUCACACCCUUGCUACUCCCUGGACCACUUGGUAGUGACCAAAAGAUAAGUCAGGGACCAUAUUUAUGGUUCAGUGGCCAGCCAGGAGCUCACAUCUUCCUGGUCACUUAGCAUUUGCUGCUUCCCACAAGGGGUGAGCAGCUCUGGAUUCCAGGCUCGCCCAUCAGGAUGAAGGCCCUGGUGACUCUCCAUACGGUCCAGGGUG